AUGUCUUUUUCUUUUACGUUAACUGGUAAUUCUUCAAUUUUAAGUUAUGAUUUUAACCCCCCAAUAUAUUUAGAUGAAAAUACUGAUUAUGAAAUAGGGUUAGUUAGUUUUAAUAGUUUUAACACAAUUCCUAAUAUUGAUAAUACAAAUAAUAUAUUUGUAUGGGGUGAAAAAAAUAAAAUGAAUAUAUUUAAAGUACCAACAGGUGCUUAUGAAUUAGAUGAACUUAUACGUGUUUUGAAAGAACAUAUGAAUGAUAUAGAUAAAAAUUCCGAAAUAAAAAUAGUUCCUGAUUUAAAUACAUCAAAAAUUUCUAUAUCAAGUAAUCGCAUAAUUUCUUUUAAUAAUACAAAUUCAAUUGCUGAAGUAUUUGGCUUUGGUGCUAAAAGACUUGAACCUCAUAAAACAUAUAUAUCAGAUCACCCUGUUAAAAUUUUAAAAGUGAAUUCCAUAGGCAUUGACUGCAGUAUUGCUGCAGGUUCCUAUUUAAAUGGUAAACCAGUACAUAUUAUACAUCAAUUUUUUCCGACAGUGCCCAGUGGGUAUAAAAUAGUCGAAUCUCCUCAAAAUAUUUUAUAUUAUCCCGUAAGCGUUAAGACGAUCAACAACUUAACUAUUAAAAUUAUUGAUCAAAGCAGAAAUCUAAUAAAUUUUCGAAAAGAAGAGAUUACAGUUACCCUUCACAUUAGAAAAGUAUAA